AGCCGGAGCGCGGCCGGGAGGAAGCGGCUGAGACCCAGCCAACAGGCCAGGGGUUAAGUUAGCAAGAAAAAGGGGGCGGGAAGGGCGCUAGGGCACCUGUCACUCGCCACCAUGAACGUGGUUUUUGCGGUGAAGCAGUACAUUUCCAAAAUGAUCGAGGACAGCGGGCCCGGGAUGAAAGUGCUCCUCAUGGAUAAGGAGACGACUGGUAUAGUGAGUAUGGUAUACACUCAGUCCGAGAUUCUUCAGAAGGAAGUGUACCUCUUUGAACGCAUUGAUUCUCAGAAUCGAGAGAUCAUGAAGCACUUGAAGGCGAUUUGUUUUCUUCGACCUACAAAGGAGAAUGUGAAUUAUCUAAUUCAGGAGCUCCGAAGACCCAAAUACAGUAUAUAUUUUAUUUAUUUCAGUAAUGUGAUCAGCAAGAGUGAUGUGAAGUCAUUGGCUGAAGCUGAUGAACAGGAGGUUGUGGCUGAGGUUCAGGAGUUUUAUGGUGACUACAUUGCUGUGAAUCCGCAUUUGUUUUCCCUCAAUAUUUUGGGUUGCUGCCAGGGAAGAAAUUGGGAUCCAGUCCAGCUCUCCAGAACAACUCAAGGACUGACUGCUCUCCUUUUAUCUCUGAAGAAGUGCCCCAUGAUUCGUUAUCAGCUUUCAUCAGAGGCUGCAAAGAGACUAGCAGAAUGUGUUAAGCAAGUGAUAACUAAAGAAUAUGAGCUGUUUGAAUUCCGGCGGACAGAGGUUCCUCCGUUGCUACUUAUUUUAGAUCGCUGUGAUGAUGCCAUCACCCCAUUGCUAAAUCAGUGGACAUAUCAGGCCAUGGUCCAUGAGCUGCUAGGAAUAAACAACAAUCGGAUUGACCUUUCCAGAGUGCCAGGAAUCAGUAAAGACUUAAGAGAGGUCGUGCUGUCUGCUGAAAAUGAUGAAUUCUACGCUAAUAAUAUGUACCUAAACUUUGCUGAAAUCGGUAGUAAUAUAAAGAGUCUCAUGGAAGACUUUCAGAAGAAGAAACCAAAAGAACAGCAAAAACUAGAAUCAAUAGCAGACAUGAAGGCCUUUGUUGAGAAUUAUCCACAGUUUAAGAAGAUGUCUGGCACUGUGUCGAAGCAUGUGACAGUAGUUGGAGAACUGUCUCGGUUGGUCAGUGAACGGAAUCUGCUGGAAGUUUCAGAGGUUGAACAAGAACUAGCCUGUCAAAAUGACCAUUCUAGUGCUCUCCAGAAUGUGAAGAGGCUCCUGCAGAAUCCCAAAGUGACGGAGUUCGAUGCCGCCCGCCUGGUAAUGCUUUAUGCUCUACAUUAUGAGCGACACAGCAGCAACAGUCUACCAGGACUGAUGAUGGACCUCAGGAAUAAAGGUGUUUCCGAGAAAUUUCGAAAGCUGGUGUCUGCGGUUGUUGAGUAUGGUGGUAAACGGGUCAGAGGCAGUGACCUCUUCAGCCCCAAAGAUGCUGUGGCUAUUACCAAACAAUUCCUCAAAGGACUGAAGGGAGUAGAAAAUGUGUAUACACAGCACCAGCCUUUUCUGCAUGAGACCCUGGACCACCUCAUCAAAGGAAAGCUGAAGGAAAAUCUCUAUCCUUACCUAGGCCCCAGCACACUCAGAGACAGGCCUCAGGAUAUCAUUGUGUUUGUAAUCGGAGGAGCCACAUAUGAAGAGGCUCUAACAGUUUAUAACUUGAACCGCACCACUCCGGGAGUGAGGAUUGUCCUGGGAGGAACCACAGUGCACAACACCAAAAGUUUCCUAGAGGAAGUCCUGGCUUCUGGACUGCACAGCCGAAGCAAGGAGAGCUCUCAAGUCACGUCGAGGUCAGCCAGCAGAAGAUGAACCGGCGAUGCAGAGGUGGGGCGAGCGGCCCAGCUGCCCGCCUGCCCCGCCGUGGGCUUUCCCCACUGAGCAGAGGUACUGCAGGG